AUGCUAACUGUGAUAUACGCCGCAGGACUAGACGAAGGCCUCAUUUCCACCACGGUCGCCCAAGAAUCCUUUAUACAUGAAUUUGGCCUCAAUGCCAGCUAUCUCGACACCUCUCAGCAAGCCAAUCGCCUUUCGAACAUCACUUCGAUGGUACACAUUGGCAGCAUCCCAGGCGCACUGAUCGCUUUUCUUCUUUGCGAACACAUCGGCAUACUCUGGUCAAUGCGGCAGCUGUGUCUACUUUGGCUGAUCGGGGUGGUAAUUGUUAUCACUUCCAGUGGGAGUAUCGGACAGAUAUAUGCAGGGCGAUUUAUUAUGGGGCUUGGAAUAGGACAAGCUGGUGUUAUUUCCCCGACAUACCUGGCUGAAAUUGCGCCGGCACAUGCUAGGGGGAUGCUGGUGUCGCUGUUUGGGAUGUCGGAGUAUAUUGGGAUCAGGGUUGGGUACUUCUCGUCCUGGGGAGCCGCGCUGCAUAUUUCUGAUAGCACCGCCCGGCAAUGGACCGUACCGCAAAGCAUACAAAUCAUCGUGGCAGGAGGUUUGGGUCUAUCCUCUUUCUUGUGUGAGGAAAGUCCUCGGCGUCUGUGCAAGGCGGGAAAAUCGGACCAGGCGAGGCGAGCUCUGGGGAGGUUGUGGGGUCUCCCGGUCGACCAUGAAGAUAUCUCGUCCGAGAUAGCGAGCAUUUAUAGCCAGUUAGAGGCUUUUCAAGAGUCUAGCAUAUACAAGUCUUGGGUAUCCUCGCUCAAGGAAUUGUUGGCAGUCAGGACCAACCAGAAAAGAGUGCUUUUUGUCUUCUCCGAGCAGAUUCUCAGCCAGUGGUCUGGAGCAAACUCAAUAACGACAUAUGCGCCCGAACUAUUUUCUUUGCUGGGCUUGACAGGGCAGUCGGAGAAGCUUUUUGUCACCGCAAUAUUUGGCGCAGUCAAAUUUCUCGCAUCGUUUUUUUGUGCAAUUUUGUUGAUUGACCAUGUCGGGCGAAAGAGUUCAUUGAUUUCUGGAAUCAUAAUUCAGCUAAUUGCCCUGCUUCGGCAUGCGAUGGCGAAUCGGGCCGCGAUCGCAGCGAUUGUAUUUAUGUAUUUCGUGGGAAUUGGCUGGGCAAUAGGGUGGAACUCGAUCCAAUAUCUCAUCAAUGCUGAGAUUUUCCCCCUGCAUCUGCGAGCCACCGGAUCAAGUCUUCUGAUGUGCUUCCACUAUACCAACCGGUAUGGCUUGUCCAAGGCUGUGCCAUCCAUGCUGCUUGACAGUGCUCUCCAGCCGAAGGGAACAUUCUGGAUCUUUUCGACCGUGACCAUUUUCGGACUAGGAUGGGCUUGGUUUCUGCUUCCCGAGACUGCUGGCCGGACAUUGGAGGAGACAAACGACCUGUUUGAGUGA